UGGUCAGCCUGAGGGUUAGUGGCAGGUCAGUCUCAGUGUAUGUGUUGAGUGCCGAGCUUGCCUCAAGGAUGAGGUUUAAGAUCUCUAGCGUUCCUGUUUAGAUUAGAUCCUAACGGUUGCCUCGAGUGAGAACAUUCAGGAUUUGUGUUUUCUUGGAGCGCCGCAGCGAGAUGGAGGUCCUAGGACAUACUUUUAUCUUCUUGGCGAUGCUCAUUGUAGAGGCCAUCGCGUACCCUAAAGGUUCGAUAUACAGAUGUCAGCAUUCUAGUCCUCAGCUGAAUGAUUGCGUGAGGGAGGGCUUAGCCUCAGUGAUAUCGCAAUUCAGAGCGGGGAACGUGGAACUGGGGGUACCGCCGCUUGAGCCAAUAGAAGUUCCCUACUUGCAGAUCCGCCACGACGAUCCUAACCUGAGUGUGGACCUUGUCAUGAAGAACAUAAAUAUUUUCGGCUUCACGGACAUCAAACUGGCGAAAGUCACGACAAACCUGGAUGACGUGAAGAAGGUGGAAGUGACAGGAAAGACGCCGGCCUUGCGUCUCACUGGCGAGUAUCUCAGCGAGGGGCUGGUAAUCAACUUUCCCCUCCACAGUGCCGGCUCAUUCGCCAUCAACAUGACGGAGGUGACGUCAUCCUGGGUGGUGUACUUGCGAGAGAUACAACGUAACCAGACAUCAUACCUGCAGAUCGAUGGUUUCGACAUCGAUAUGAUGCCCAUCAGCGUAUCCUUCCAGCCCGCGUCACAACUGGAUGGCGACAACAGCCUUGGUGAAGCAGUGAACAUAAUCCUGAACGAGAACUCACAUGAGGUGUACUCGAUCAUCAAGAGCAGGCUGGCCGGUGUGUUCAGUGGUGUGCUGACAGAGCUGACGAACAGGGUGUUGUCCCAGGUACCCGUACAGGACUACCUGGUGCCAUAGCGGCGAACCAUAUGUUCCACAUAUACCUGGUGCCGUAACCUUCACAGGGGUUCCCUCCUUUAGUACAAUUAUUUAGCGUUUUAUCGAUUAAUGGUCUUUCAGUUCCUUUCUUGUCAGUUCUACGAAUUGUCUAUUUAUAUUUUUAAAUAACACUCCGGUAGCUUAUUUUAUACUGCUAUGUACUAUAAACAAAAAGGGUAGUAUUCUGAAUUAUAAUAUACUAGUACUUUUAAGAACUCAGACGAAAGAUGUAUUAUUAUAUAAUAGUACUUAAGACUGUUGAUAUCUAAUACGUGCUUAUCCCAUAAUUGUAAACUUGUUUAUUAUACUGCACACAAAAAGUAAUUGUUAAUUGAUUAAAAAUUUGAUUUCCCAA